AUGGACGAGAUCGCGAUCACAGAGCAGCCGAAAUCGGGAUAUGUCGUCCGAAACAAGCCGCUUCGUCUGACGUGCCGCGCGAAUCAAGCCACCAAAAUUCGUUUCAAAUGUAGCAGCAAAUGGAUUGAUGAGAAUCGUGUGGAGAGCACCCACGGAACUGAGCCCGCCACAUCCACACCAUUUAUAGAAGCGUUUGUCGAGAUCUCGCGUGUCGAUAUUGACACUUCUGCACACGUCGACGCCUUCACCUGUCAGUGCUACGCGUCCGCUGAGGGCGACGUCAACGUGGUAGCUUCCGACGUCGCGACAAUUCAUCUAGCAUAUAUGCGCAAGCACUUUCUCAAAACACCCGUCGCUCAGCGGGUCGCCGAGGGAUCAACUGUUCAACUACCAUGCCAGGCGCCGGAAAGUGAUCCAAAAGCUCAGCUCACAUGGUACAAGGAUGGAGAAGUGAUCGCAUCAGACGCAAACGUAAUUCUCGCUUCCGAUGGAAGUCUGAUCCUCUCAGCGGCCCGACUCAGCGACAGUGGAAACUAUUCGUGUGAAGCGACAAAUGUCGCAAAUUCAAGGAGAACCGAUUCAGCGCAAGUGCAUGUUUAUGUUGACGGCGGUUGGUCAGAGUGGACCGAAUGGGUCGGUACAUGCCACGUGGAUUGCGCAUUAUUACGACAAUACGCACACACAAUUCCCGAUCCACACAAAGUUCUACCGCAUCAAAGAAGGACGCGAACAUGUAAUAAUCCAGCACCGCUGAACGGCGGUGCCUAUUGCAAGGGCGAUGAAGAGGCGACUCGUAAUUGCAAAAUUGCAUGUAAAUUAGAUGGAGGAUGGUCCUCAUGGUCAGAAUGGUCAGCUUGCUCAUCGAGUUGUCACAGGUACAGAACCAGAGCGUGUACUGUGCCACCGCCCAUGAAUGGAGGACAACCUUGUUUCGGAGAUGAUUUGACUACAGAACAAUGUCCGACACAACUCUGCUCAACCGAUUCGUCACGCCUUAUUAUCAGUGACACUGCGGUUUACGGUUCGGUUGCCUCGAUCUUUAUCGUGGCCACAUUUAUCCUUGCGAUUAUCGCGAUGAUCUGUUGCCGAAAAGGCAAAAAAGGGGAGAAAAAUGUGGAAAAAUGCGGCGGAAUUUACUAUUCUGAACCACCAGGCGUUCGACGACUCCUAUUAGAACAUCAACAUGGAACGCUUCUAGGUGAUCAUAGCUCAAAGAUAUCAUCAUGCUCACAAUACUUCGAUCCACCACCACCACUUCAUCCAUCGACUACAAUGAGAUCGGGAAAGAGCGUCUUCAGUGGAUAUUCCUCGUCAAGAAAUGCUGGAUCACGAGCAGCGCUAAUUCAGGAAUUUUCAUCUGGAAGCUCAUCGGGAGGAAAACGAACUAUUUUGCGUACUUCAAGCUCCAAUUGCUCUGAUGAUGACAAUUACGCGACUCUUUACGACUAUAUGGAAGACAAAAGCGUGUUAGGCCUAGACACUUCGCAAUCUAUUGUGGCCGCUCAAAUUGACGGAAGUGGAGCUAGAUUGUCAUUGGCCAAAUCUGGUGCUAGGCUCACCGUUCCUGAACUUGCCGUCGAAGGAGAAAAAAUGUUGUAUCUUGCUGUAUCGGACACCUUAUCUGACCAGCCGCAUCUCCCACCCCAUGAGUCAUCUCUCAGCCCGGUAAUUGUCAUUGGUCAAUGCGACGUUUCGUCCACAUCCUCGCUUCAUUCGGCUUCAUCAAAUAUUCUUCGACGACCUGUGGUUGUUUCAUUCCGUCACAGCGCUUCGACAUUUCCACGGGACAACUGGCAGUUCAAUUUGUAUGCCGAUGAGGGGGCCGGAUGGCAAAAAGUGGUUACUGUCGGCGAAGAAGACUUGAACACAAACAUGUUUGUGCAAUUUGAACAGCCUGGAAAAUUCGGCGACGGCUUUGGAUGGUGUCACGUGAUCACAUAUUCGUUGUGUCGUCUCAUGCUCGCCGGACAAACCCGAAGGAACGGUCUCUGCUCUGCCAAGCGUGUUCAUCUAGCAAUCUUCGGCCCAAGUGAUCCAGCAGCCUAUCGCAGAUCGUUCGAAUUGCGAGCAUAUUGUGUGCCGGAAACCGGCGCUGCCAUGGAAUCGGUUUGGAAACAAGAAGAGAACUCACGUCUUCUUGUGGAGUCCUGUGACUAUAUCCUCAAUGAAAAGGGAAGCUUGUGCAUUUGCGUUGAGGAUCUCCACAAUUCAUAUUCACUUGAUGGACCGGAUGUUGUCGAAAUUGCCGACACACAGCACCGAUGGGUUGCCCAAAACGGACUUCACUGCUCGUUAAAAUUCCGACCUCGAGAAAUCAAUGUAAGCGGGCACUUCUCGACAAGAGUCAUUGUCUACCAGAAAUUGAGUAGCACUGAGCCGAUUGUUCUGCACGUCUCGAAUGAACCAGAAUUAUACGACAAAACGUGUGAAGAACGUGAACGCGGAAAUGUUAUUGUCCAAUUCCAUCUUCCAAUAAAUAUCAAGGAAGAAUUGGCCAUGCUUCUCGACGCUCCAAACGACUCACAUUCGGAUUGGCGCGGACUCGCCAAGAAAAUGCAUUACGACCGUUAUCUGCAGUUUUUCGCAUCGUUUCCCGAUUGUAGUCCAACAUCAUUGCUUCUUGAUCUUUGGGAAGCAUCGUCGUUUGGCUCAGUUCGUGCGGUUCACGAUCUUCUGCAAACACUUCGCGUGAUGGGACGACCUGAUGCAGUCAUGGUUCUUGAGCGUUACUUAUCAUCGUUCCCGCAAAUUGUAUCACCUUAG